AUGCAGGAGCUUGCUCUCCCACCAGGCAAAUACAGGGAGAUGUUCUUGCCCGUGGAACAGAGACUGAGGGAGUAUAUGCCUUCAGCACAUGGUUCAGCUUUUUCUGUCAAUUAUGCAAGCAGAAUUCUGCAAAAGCAGUGUUUUUUUCUAAACACUGACUUGAUGGGAGCACGGCUGGCUGGAUCCCAUGUUGAUACACAGGGGCCUAAGACUAACCCUUUGGUAUCUAUUUCAGAUGAGCCAGAAACACUGUACAAGAGGUUGUCCCUUCUAGUUAAAGGCCAUGAUAAAGCUGUGUUGGACAGCUAUGAAUAUUUUGCAGUGCUUGCAGCUGAAGAACUUGGCAUCUCUGUUGAAAAAGUAUAUAAACCUCCAAAGACAAUAGAACGAUUGACACUUUUAAAAUCUGUACACAUUUACAAGAAGCACAGAGUUCAGUAUGAAAUGAGAACACAUUACAUGUGUUUGGAGUUAAAAUACCUAACAAGCAGUACUGCUGCAGUUUACUUGGAGUAUGUUCAACGAAACUUACCUGAAGGGGUUGCCAUGGAAGUUAAAAAGACUAAGAUAGAGAAGAUACCUGAACACAUUCGAGAACCAGUUUGGGAUUCACUACCUCACGUAGAAGAAACUGAAGUCAAGUCAUAAACUCACCAGGUACUUGGCUCUGUUAGUGCUGAAGUUGGUUGCUCCUAUCAACCUAAUUUACUGAGACAGUUGAUUGUUAAAUAAAAGUUCUCUUAUAAAGUAAUUCUA